GCCGGCAACCAGUACUAGCAGUCGGCAUUGGUAGGUGCGCGCGCGUGUCUUACUCGCGAGCGAAAUACAAAAACUGGUGACAGUCGGCUCGAAUACUUAUUUUCGGCACUAGUGUUUUCAAUUAAAGUUGGAGGUUUAUUGGGGGAUGUGCUGACUGGACGGUGCGAUUUGUUUGGUUCGGUGGAUAACUGUGUUCGGGACUGGCCGGUACGGUACUGUGGUGUGGAGUAUCUUGGAUUUUCAUUUUGGAAACUUUUGAAACUACAUAAAAGUGGAUAUGUGGAGGGAAGUGCUCACGUGUUUGGCUGUCAUACAGCUAGUUUUCGGAGCAUCCCUUAUCCCCUGUCCAGAUCACUGUCAGUGCACCACCACACAAGAAGACACAAUACACGCAACAUGCAAAAACUUCGAGUUCUUAAACAAGUUGGUGGCCAAACAAAAAUCCAGCAUACGACAGCUAACAAUAACUGGCAACGUAGAAAAAGUUAAUGGUAAAGUAAAGUACUUGAAGAAUCUAGAUUAUCUCGAUCUGAGCCACACCAACGUCGAUCUGAAGAACUUACCCUCUCUAGCCAAAAUAAAGACAUUAGUUUUAAAAGAGAACAACAUAAAAGACAUCAACUUCAUCGAUUUACCAAAAAACAUUGAAACCUUAGAUCUAUCUCACAAUUACAUAUCGGAAAUCCCAGAAGACUGGAGGGAACUGAGGCAAUUAAAAACAAUUAAUUUGGGCAAAAACCCAAUUAACUGUGACUGUUCCUACGUUCUGCGGUACAAGGACAUGGUGGCUCACGGCAUCAAGUUCACGGAUGCCGUCCUGUGCGGCUCGCCCAAAGAGUAUCACUCCAAACCCAUUGAAACAAUCAGUUGUUCCCUAAUAGAUCUGAUGGUUGGAGACGAACAAGGCUCGGGAGCAUCCGAAGAGGUGACUGAUUACAUUAACACACCACUAAUAGACAAUGAAACUGAUCUGGAAAAAAGUGAGGAACCCGAAGAAGGCAGUGGUUCGAUCAUCAUGCUGUCAAGUGACGAGAAGUCGUCAAGUGAAGAGGAGCACGUGGAGGAGAUGACCACACCGGAAACACCACAGCUAACUACAUACGCAUCACAACCCGCAGAAGAAGUGAGUGAGGUGACUGAAAGUCCGGAGUUGUACGUUGAAGAGAACAACAGUGUGGAAGCCACAACGGAAGGCGGUGAUGAUGAAGAGAGCGCGACUGAAUUGUACGUAGAGGGCAACGAAGCCACGACAGAAGGUACUAAUGAAGACGAUGGUGAGGAGAACGUGACUGAAAGUCAGGAAUUACAUGUGGAGGCAACAACUGUAGAACCUAAUCAGGAAAAUGUGGACAGUGGUGAAGAAAGUGUGACUGAAACUCAACAAUUAUACGGCGCUGAACACGUCAAUGAGGCAACUACUACAGAAGCUAAUCAAGAAACUGUGGAGACUGAUGAUGAAGAAGGCGAAGAAAACGUCACUGAGGAAGCCACAACUGAAUAUGCAGACAGUAUGGCUACAACAGAAGAACCAAGCCAAAUAGGUGUGGAUGUGGAGGAAAGUAACAAUGUGAUGACCACAACUGAGCCUAAUGAGGAGGCAACUACGGCGGCCUGGUCGACUGUAGAUGAUGAUGAUGAAGACGAAGAAGGUAGCGGUAACGAUGGCAUUUUACCGGUACACGAAGUUGCCUAUGACAAUGAGACAACCAAUGAGACUGAAACUGAAGCUGAAGGAAGUGGCUUUAUUGUCCCUGAUAUAUCUGAGUUACCACCACCACCGCCAGCGUGCAGUAUUGAUUGUGAGACGCCAAAGCCUGUAGGUGAAGAGGACGAAGAAGAUGCAUCACCACUUCCCGACUUUGGUGAUCAACUUAAUACUAUAAAGGAGGACAUAUUUGGAUCCAACGAAGGACCUAAGCCAGAAGUUACCACAACGGAAGUGCCGGUACAAGUCGAGCAAGUACCAAACGUGGAACAAGUGGAGGUGGAAGAAGUUCCAUUCACAAAGGAGACUGAAUCAAAGAACGAAAAUGAGAAAACUUCGGACAAAGAUAACGACGACUACGCACUAACUACGAACACAAAAUUGGGAAGGUCGUCCGUUGAUGAGGGAUCGAGUAGUACCUUGUACAUUGUAAUUGGGGUUAUAGUGGUGGCGUUGAUUUGCAUCGCCGUAUUCUUCGUCAUGAAAAAGGGCAACAACAAGAAGAACAGGAGGAAUUACGGCAACGUGGAGAGUUUCGGUGAGGAAAUGAAGCCGAUGACCAAAGCCCCGAUUGAACCUGUCACGGAGAAACCUCAAAUACUCGAGAACGUGCCCCUGAUGAACGGCCAGAACGGCAAGAUCAACGACGACAACGACCUGCCCGAGAAAAAUGAGUUCAGUUCGGUGGAACUGAGACCUCCGCGUGACGAUGAGAACUUGCUGACGCCAAAAAGAGAAAGAGUAACUAUAAAGGAGACUGUUUUCCCAGAUUCAAUUCCAAAGACGCCAGUUUUGGUACAUCGCAGACAGAACAGUGAGGGGGAUAUCGUUAUUACUCCUGUAGAUUAAGUUUUUUACCUCAGUAUUUAUUACAUGAAUAACUUAUUGUGAUAAAUCGACUUAUGUUUUUUGGUCGUUCCUAUAAUUUAAGUGUUUUACGUUUAUUGACUGUUUAGUUUUAAAUUUGUUCAAAAUUUGAGUGAUCCAAUCAAAAGGACUGAUAUAUUUUGAGGCUAAAUGUGAUAAUUUUAUUUUCAAAAUUAAGAACUUGCGUGUUUUAAUGCGUUUAUAUUUGCCAAAGUUUGUUCAUCGGUUCAACGGCGGUUUUGAUAUUGGACUGUGUCUACUGAAAGGAUGUGUUUUAUGAACAGGGUAAUUUGUUUUGAACGAAAUCUAUGCAAUCAAUAAUUGUUCCAGUUGAUUAUGUUUAUAUUCUAAUUAAGUUUUUCUUAACAAUAAAACAUUUAUAGUU